AUGCCAAACACAGUUUUUUCGAUGAAAAGACAUCGAAAGAUUGUCCCCAACCAAUCACCAAAUAAUUAUUCACCAGGAUGUCAACCAUUAAGCAAUCAAUCACAAACAGAAACAUCCACAACCAUAGAGGAUGUGUUUGAAGAACAGGAUGCAGGUAAUGCAAUGUAUGGCCCAGAAUGCUGGGAGCAGAAUGAUGUUUAUGAAGAGUACACCAACUCUUCACUGUUAUACAGUCGAUGCCGUCUAAUGACUCCCGGCGAGAAGUUAUCUUGGAAAUAUGACAAGAGCAAGUAUUUGAUUUUAAGCUCUAUACGCAUACAUAUAACUGUGCUUACAUGCAUUUGUAUUACUAUAUUAGACGUACAGCCAGAAUUACGUUUUCGUCCGCCAUUAGGAUCAUCUCUUGCAGAUAAUCGCCGGUACGUCACAGACGAUUAUGGCCAUAUACCUGUAUGGUCAGAGUCAUACACGAGGCGGGCAGGGGAUGAUCACGGAUAUGGAACAGAG